AACACCGCUUUGCCUCUCUUCAUAUCUUCCAUCGCCUCUGGAACCCUGAUAACUGAGAUCACAGGCAGGUGGCACUGAACAAGCAAGCAUGGUGCACGUCUCCUUUUACCGAAACUAUGGGAAAACUUUUAAGAAACCCAGACGUCCUUAUGAGAAGGAACGUUUGGAUGCUGAGCUGAAGCUUGUUGGAGAGUAUGGGCUCCGUGCCAAGAGGGAACUCUGGAGGGUUCAGUAUGCACUGAGUCGAAUUCGAAAUGCUGCUAGAAUGCUUCUCACCCUUGAUGAGAAGAACCCACGCCGUAUUUUUGAGGGUGAAGCGCUUUUAAGGAGGAUGAAUAGGUAUGGGCUUUUGGAGGAGAGCCAGAACAAGCUUGAUUAUGUGUUGGCCCUUACGGUGGAAAACUUUCUUGAGCGCCGCCUCCAGACUCUUGUUUUCAAGGCUGGUAUGGCCAAGUCCAUCCACCAUGCCAGAGUGCUCAUCAAACAGAGGCACAUUAGGGUUGGGAGGCAGGUGGUCAAUAUUCCAUCCUUCAUGGUGAGAGUUGACUCACAGAAGCACAUUGAUUUCUCACUCACAAGCCCCUUUGGUGGUGGACGCCCUGGUAGAGUGAAGCGAAAGAACCAGAAGGCUGCUUCCAAGAAGGCGGCCGGUGGAGAUGGAGAUGAAGAGGAUGAAGAAUGAGCUGUAAUGUUGUAGGAAGAGAGUUGCUGCAGAGGAGAAAGAAAGUGUUCAGGUCCGCUCAGGUAGUUUUUAUUUCAAGAAAAAAGGAUGGAAAAUGUCAAGCUUGUGGCAUAAGAGUGGCAUUUUCAUUUUAUGGGCUAAGUGUUGAGGCCCGCUCAGACCCAAGUAUAUGACUUGUUUUUAGCUUUUGAAUAUUUUUCAUUUUGAAUUUAAAUUUAAUAAAAUAUUUUUUUUGUUUUA